UCUCUUGAUUGUCCGAGUUCCGCGAGGCUCCUCCGUUCCCGUGCCUCCGAAAGCGUCUGAGUCUUGCGAGGAACUUCUCCCUGUGUGCCUUCCACCUCCGGGUAAGUCUUCUGAGCUCUUAAUCUCUCUUUCUUUCCUUUAAGUUUUUUCGUUCUUCCUUUCAUUUAAACUUUCCGCUCUUCCUUUCUUUCUUUCUUCCCUUUUACCCUUUCUCUGCUUUUCUUUCCUGCACUCAGUUCGCUUUUCUUUAUGCUCUUAUUUUUUUCUUCUUUCCCUUAAGUUUUUCCUGCUUUUUCUUUUAUAUGCCUUCCAUUUUAUUUCGCUCCCUUAUGCUUUCCUGAUUUUUUUGGCUCGUUUUUUGCUAUUGCUAUACCACUCUUCACCUUUUUUUUAUACUAAACAAAAUAAUAAUGAACUGGAAAACUUGUUAACUUCAUUCCAAGGUAACCUAAAAGCAAAUUAUGGACAAAACUGGUUGGACCUAGACCUAGUAGGAUCCUUUGCAAGGACCUAGAUGACAUAUCUAAACUAGACAUAUGGACAAAUUAACUAAUAACAUUGCUUCACUCUUUUUUUUUAGAAAAAUGAACCAAAACUUAAGAAAUCUUGAAGUUCAGGACAGAAUUGGGUACAAACGAUGGGCUCCCAUUAGGGAACAGGUCGCCUUGUUAGAGGCACUUUUCGCAUUUGGGAUAAGAAACCCAAACCGAGAACAAGUUCAUGAAAUCGCGACCAGGCUUAAGGUUUACGGGGAAAUCGGGGAAUACAGUGUCUACUGUUGGUUCCAAAACUAUGGAUAUCGUGAAAAACAGCGAUGUCUGAAACGAAACACCGUCACCACCUCUUACUCUCUGAUUCCCCUCCUGCCCCCUUUUAUGGAUGAUCUUUCACGCACAACGCCAUCGGUUCCAGAUGGGGUGACGCUGGACCUUUUCCCGAUUCCUCCCGUUCCUGAAAGAAAAGAGAUCCCUCCCAUCUUUCGGUUCCAGUUGAAGGCUCCUUCAGUUGAGCUUUCCCUACGACCGCCUUCUGAUGAUGAUGAUGAUGAAUAGUCUCUUUGAGGGGACCGCAAAUUGUAAUUUGAUUUUAUUUUUUAUGUUGUUGUUUUUUAUUUAGACUGUAAUCCUAACGAUCACCAGUGAUCGACCUCUGCACAUCUUUUAUUUUUAUGUUUGUUAUGUUGUUUUUUUUUUGUUUUUUCUUUGUUUUUGUUU